CUAUCUCUCCGUUCCCCUUCGGCUCGUCACUUUCUCGAAUUUUCUCGGCGAUUUUCCUUCCCGCCAAACACUCCAAAUCUCCCUCCCGCCUGCUCCGAUUCCCGCAGAUCGCCCGACGUCCUCACUCUCCUCCAACCGAUCUCUGCUCGCGCCUCCACUGAUGUCAAUUGCUAAACCUACGACCUCAAACUCUCUGUAUGCUAUGAAAUCAGAGGAGGAAAGUGAUUCCCUUGACACUAUCAUCAGACAAGCUGCAAAAGAGCCAUCUAUUUCUUUCUCAAGGGCCGGGGAUAGCCCAGUCCCUUGGAUUCAGCUACUUCAUGCCUUAGACCAACAAGGUUGGCCCCUGCACUCUCCUAUUAAAGUGCAGAUGCAAAAGUGUGACAAAUGCCCUCGAGAGUUUUGCUCAUCCAUUAACUACAGAAGACACAUACGUGUGCACCACCGAUUGAAAAAGCUUGACAAGGAUUCUUCUAAAAAUAGGGAGCUUCUAGGUGAAUUUUGGGAUAAGCUCUCGCCAGAAGAGGCAAAAGAAGCUGUAUCAUUCAAGAAUGUGACUUUAGAGGAAGUUCCAGGGUCUUCAAUUAUAAAGGCAUUGACAACACUUAUACGGAAACCGGGAUUUUCUCCUUUCCCCCACAUUUAUUUGAAGGCCGGUUCAGCCCUUCUGGAUAUUGUUCAAGCUAGACCUUCCAGGUUUCCCAUAUCUUCCCUGGAGUUAUUUUCUAUCCUCGAUGAUGCAAGUGAAAUGACGUUUCUGUCUGGGACAGCCAUAUCAAUGCAGAGAUAUAUUUUUGAUGGGGAGGCUGGGAAAAUUGGCCUUGAAUCAAAAAACUUAGUUGCUUGUACAAGCUUCCUGGUGGAACAGAAAUUGUUGAAAGCCUGGCAUGCUGACAAGGAUACGGAAGCUUUGAGGUUACAGAAGUUGCUAGUGGAGGAAGAAGAAGCUGCUCAAAGAAGGCAAACAGAGCUGUUGGAAAGGAAAAGGCAGAAGAAGCUUAGGCAGAAAGAACAGAAGGAAAAGGAUCAAGGACAUGGGGAGAAGAUCGAUGUUAAGGAGAACAUUGAUGAAACUCUGGAUGCUGUGCCACUCGUAGAAACAUCUAGUCCUUCAGCAACAUUUGAUUCUGACACGGCCAGUUCGGAUAUGCUGGAUCAUGCCUGCUUAUCUCUUGAAUCAUUCCAACUCUCAAACACGGAUGUAAGUGCGGAUCCCGAAUCUCAGACUCGAGUUAGCUUUGGACAUGUUGAUUCGGUGAGUGGACCAAAUGUUGAACGGCGGGUGGUGCAAGGAAAUGGUAGUCGGCGUGCGGCUGCUCGAUGGCAGUUGUCUCCAAAAUCGCAGCGGGGUGUGCCCAAUGGAUUUCAUGGAGGUCAUGGUUCUCAAACAUCGAAGCAUUCAUCCACACAACACCAUGGUAACCACAGGGAUGCAAGGGCUGCUUCCAGUGGCAAUAGAGUAUGGAGUCGAAAGCCUAAACCAGAAUAUGAUGGGAGGAGUUUGAAAGCUGGAGUGCAGAAAGUAGCAUCUGAACCAGAUCAAAUCAAGAACCGUGAGGUUUUGAUUGGUUCUAUACCAGUCAAUCUUGGAAAUUGUUGCCAGGAAAGUAAUAAUCAGGCUGGUGUUCACGAUGAGUGUCUUUCGGAGAAGGGUCAAGUACCAAAGGACAAUUCUCAGGAUAAAACCCAUAAACCUGAUCUGGUACAGAGUGGCACAAACCGGUCAACAGUGAAGAUUUGGAGGCCAGUGAGCCGGAAUGGAACAAAAGGUCCUAUGCCAAUUCAGAACGGCAGCAAAGAAUCUGACAUAAAUGUGGUAGCUGAAAAGGGCAACAGCCAAAACCUUCACAGUGAAAAUUGUGAAAGAUCGUGUGUUGUGGAUGGCCAUAAUGUUGGAAACGGGAAUGACUCAACUCACCCCGAUGAAACUGGAAGGCUGGGCUUCUCUAGCCAUGCGGCAAAAGAUUUUCUUGCACAGAGAUGGAAGGAUGCUGUUGCUGCAGAUCAUGUGGAAUUGGUUCUAUUCCAAGACUCUGAACCUCCGAGAUGCCCAGAAAAUCAAGAUGACCGUGAAGUUGCAGCGACUCAUCCAUCGAGGUUUAAACGCAGCAUUCUUGGCAAUGCAGAAAACCGGCUUGCAAAUGGAGAGGCAUUUGAUUUGCCAACUGCUGGAGCUGCUAAAGUCAGGCGCAGGACGAAGCAUGAUAAGGGUGUGAAGAUUAAAUACAUUCCGAAACAUAGUGCAGUUGCCUAGUAAUCGAGGGUAAAGAGAUGGUUUUUCUUUUCUUUUUUCGGGGUUAUACAAUGUGCACAGUUUAGCCAGUGAUUAUAUUCGUAGGAGCAGAGGGGUCCAGUUUUUACCAGCGGUCUUCUGUCGGAAAAUCGAAGAACAAGUUUUGGAAGAUAAGAUUUUUUUUCCUUUUGUUAUAGUUCCGUCCUUUUUUCAUUUUCAUAGCAAAGAUUGAUUAGUGAGAUUUUCUUCUGUUUGUCAAAAAUUUGUGUAAUAAAUUUGGUUUUGUGGUUUGAGCCGUC